ACAAGCAAUUACCCUCGGUCUGUUGAUGAUUAAGCACGUUGAAGAAAAUCACAUUAUAUUCUUCCACAUCCUGUACGUAUUCGUAUAAAACUACACCAGUCAAACCUUGCCAAACAUUUCAAUGUAGAAACUAGAAACCAUUAAAGAAAUUUUAUUAGUUCUCUCGGUUUAUCUCUCAGAAUUUGCUUAAAAUAGCAAGGUUCCUUGUGCUAAAGCAUAAGAAAGCUGGAAAUCGCUAAACUGAUUCUUUAGCAUAGUUGGGACUUGGGGGAGAGUUAUAAAACAAAGAGAUAAACAUGGCAGCAAAAACCAACAUGAUGCCUGUAAUCAGCAAGAUGUAUUGUUCUUCUGCACAGGGUGUGUUUGUAGUUCGGAGGAGACCCCAUGCAGUGAAUGGAGGUGGUUUUGUAGUCACAGAUUGUAGUCAGAAGGUUGCUUUCAGGGUUGAUGGAUGUGGAAUUCUGGGGAAAAAAGAUGAGCUGAUUCUGAGAGAUGGCCAUGGAGAAGCGUUGCUUCUCAUUCGACGAAAGGUACGCUUACAUAUGAUAGAUAAGCACAUAGUGUUCCCUGCUGCAUAUGAGCAUAUCAUACAGGCUACUGUGCAUAUGCAUACUUGGAACAUUCUAGAUCGAUUUCAAGAAAAUAUCUCUUUCAUUUUCAAUCAGGGAUCGAUGGUUGAGGCGCUAAGCAUUUACAGGAAAUGGAAGGGGUAUGCUUUAGACUAUGAAGGAUCACAGGAGUUGGUUUUCAGUUUAAAAGAGCCAAACUCAUGUCUGGCAAGGACUCAAGCAAUCAGAAUCUCGACUAAGAGAACGAAAAACAAAGACUGGGACUUCGAGAUAAAGGGUUAUUUUCCUGAUAAGGCUUGUAGCAUUGUUGACUCUAAAGGAAACAUAGUGUCGCAGAUAGGAGUGAAGGAGUUGGAGGAGCUAAUGGGAAGUAGAGAUCUGUAUCAUGUUGUGGUAACACCAGGCAUAGAUCAAGCUUUUGUAUUCGGAGUCAUUGCCGUUCUCGAUUACAUAUAUGGUGAAUCCACCAGGUGCUAACUAUCAGAUUGCAAAGAGAAGCUUUCAGGUGACAUCAUAACACACAUCUGACUAUCUGAGCAGUUCAAUUUUAUGCAUUUGGAUUAGCUCAUGCUCUUUUUUCUCUUGGUUUUCUUUUUUCACCUAUUGUUUACCCCUACUAGUUGGGAUGAUCCCAACUGUUAGAAGCUUGGAUCUUUGUAAUUGUUUGAUUUGUAAUUAAUUGUUCGAUUUGUGAUUGUUGUGCACCAUCA